AUGGAAGCUGUAAAAGUACGAAUUCAAACAAUGCCUGGUUGGGCGAACACCCUGCGAGAAGGUGUACCAAAAAUGUACAAAAACGAAGGUCUUGUUGGAUUCUACAAAGGUCUCCCUCCCCUCUGGGGUCGUCAAAUCCCCUAUACAAUGAUGAAGUUCGCUUGUUUUGAGCGCACAGUGGAAGCAUUGUAUAAACAUGUUGUACCUAAACCACGUGAACAGUGUACGAAAGGUGAACAGUUGGUUGUAACAUUCGCUGCGGGUUACAUCGCUGGUGUAUUUUGCGCUAUCGUAUCUCAUCCCCCUGACACUAUUGUAUCGAAGCUGAACAAAGAUCCCAAUGCACGCCUGGUGGAAGUUGCUAAAAACUUGGGUCUUCUUGGCAUGUGGAGCGGACUUGGACCUCGAAUUAUCAUGAUCGGAACUCUAACAGCCUUACAAUGGUUCAUCUACGACGGGUUCAAAGUAGCUAUGCAGUUACCACGCCCUCCUCCACCAUCUAUGCUAGAGUCUUUGAAGAAAAAACUGGAAAGUCAGAUGCAUUAA